AUGUCUUCGUCUUCGUCAUAUACACGACGGAAACCAGUUGACGAAAACUUCACACCACCCUCUCAGUAUCCGCCUCCUAGACGAAUAAUCAAUGAUACUUCUUUUUUAAGAAACCAGUCGUCACAACAAUCACAACCACCACUACUACCCUCCUCACAGUAUGCAUCACGUACGGUAAAGUCACCAAUGAGAACUCCUUCGAUAAAUGAAGGGAGUGCCCAAAACACCGUCAUUCAACCGGUUAAAAGCACCAUUGCUAUAGUACCGGCAAGAGAUUCUGUUCCAGUAGCUCCUCCUGUAAGUGGCUCGAGUGCUCAAACUACCGUUGUUCAGCCGGUUAUGAGUACAAUGAAAAUCGAAUCCAGCUCUUCGAGCCCGGUGCAAACUCCACGUACGGAAAACUUCAACCCGGCUUUAAAAAGAACUUCAAUAGAUACCUCUAGUUCAACUUCUUCUCUCGACCAAGAUAUUGUAUUGGCUGCAGAGAAAGAACUCUCUAAAUUGACUUCGAAAAAGAAUUCCAUAUCCACCUCACCUACCGUCGUUAGCACCUCUAACAAUAAUACUCUUCAUGAUAAUUGUUCGCCACCUUUAUCGCCGAGUUUCGAUCGAGUAACAUCAAUAGGAACGUCUAGCAGCCUAUUAGCUUCCUCGGCGGCAAUACUUGCAAAAAUAGAAACGAAAAAUAAUCACUAUUCGUUGAUAGAUACUACUGAUGAUAUGUUGGUACAAUUGUUGAUUUCUCAAGCGAUUGUUGAUUCAAAAGAUUUUGCGAUACUGAAUUUAGAAGAUGUAGAAGAAUUAAAAAAAGAGCAUUCGCUGUUAACCAACCGAAUAAAUGCGCUUACGAAUAAAUUAUCUCUUGAAUCAAAAAUUCGGGAAGCUGCUAGUUCACUUUCUCGUCUUCAUGCUUCUAACAAAAGACUUUCACGACAAGCAGGUGAUCAUCUCUCACAGGCAAAUCGUAAAGUUGAUCAAAUAACGAAUGAGUUAUGGAAGCUUAGUCAGCGUGCCUUUAAUCUAGAACGGAAGUUACUUCAUCAUAUGUCUGGUGCGCUGAGUUUAGGAAUAAGAAAACUCGAGGAGAAACAAAUUCAAAAUGCGCAUUUACUACAACAACAACAGCAAAUACUUUUGGAUCCCGUUCAAAAUGGGAUUGAGAAUCUGUAUAAUGAAAUUAUGGAAAUGGACAAUACGACUUCUGAUAAUGAAUUGUCGAACAAAGUAACAAAUUUGGAGUCUUCAUUGCAGAGUGCUCAUCAAACACUUGCCGAGGCACGAAUGUCAAUCAAAAGAAAAGAUAGAGAAAUCGAGGAACUGAAAGCAAAAGUAGAUGAUUCUGUUACUGAAACACGGGAAAGAACAAUCGCGGAAUUGCGUACAGAAUUAGAAGAGGUGGGAAGUCGAUUAGAUAUUGUUUUGAGAAAACAUAAGGCUGCCAAAAAAGAUUCAUUCCCUGAUGAUAAUGACGAUGAGGCAUCCGAAGAAUCCGACGAAGGUUCCUCCAAUCGACUUUCUACCAUGACCACCGCCACACAGCAUCUACAAAAAGAACAAUAUCGUAAUAUUUCUAAAAAUUUGUCCAGUUUAGAGAAAUCGCUGGAAGAGUAUCAAUUCCGUAUUUACAAAUUAGAUCAAGAUUUAACGGCUGCCAAGAACAAAGCUGAAGAGGAAAUGGCUCGACUAAAAGAAUCUCAUCAAAAAGAAAUGAAAGCAGCAGAGGAAAAACAAGAAUCUUUAGAGGAACAAAUCAUCGAAUUGAAACAUAAAGCGAGAAAUAGUGAGGAUCUUGAAGAACGGAUUAAACAAUUACAGAUACAACAAAACAACCGAAGUACCGAUCUUCAAGAAAAAUUGACAAAAAUCACCCAAGAAUAUGAACAAAUAAUGGAAAAAUUGAAGGAAUUAUUUAAAGAUUUACCAAGAAAACUUUCUAAUAAGACAGGAGCGACAGAUUUUACUGUGGACAAUUUCAUAUCAUUUGUACGACAAAUUGAUGAAGAAAAUGGACAGCUUCUGGAUGAAAUCACUCAAUUACAAACCAAAUGUGAAAAUAUGCAAGAAGUAGUCAGCGAAAAAAUGAGAUUGACGAAAAUCUUACAAUCUACGCAACUAGAACUUGAAGAAACCAAAUUGAAAUAUGAAGAUCUCGAAUCAAAAACGGAAAGUGCAAAGAACAACUUUACCAAGAUUUCCGAGAAAGAAAUUGAGUUACGUAAUGAAGUGACACAAUUGCAUACAGAAAUCGAUGCUCAUAAAGAAAAAAUUCGUAAAUAUGAGGCGACUCUUAAACGUCAGUCUAUAAUUGCAUACGUGCAAGACGGGAAAUCGAUGAAAGAGGAAUUUCAACAACAAUUGGCCUCGCAAGAACAAGAAUAUGAGGCUCAAAUCAAGGAGCGAGAUGGAGUUAUUGUAAAGCUUCGGUCCGACCACAACAAUGCAAUAACCGAGAAAAAUAAUGCAACUCAGACCAUAAGAGAAUUAGAAGAAAUGUUGAGCUCAAAAUCAAGAACAUUGGAUCAACGUGAAGUGACAAUUAAUCGGCUUGAAUCUGAUAUUGUCGAUUUAAAGAUGGAACUUGCCGAGCUUAAGGCCGCCUCCGAUGGCCUGAAAGGAAAGAAAACUGCUAUCUACGGAAAUGCUAUUCUUAAUAGUGGUAACGAAAUAAAUGCAUUAAAAUCUCAACUCGAAGAAGCACACACGGAAAUAAAUAAUUUGAGAUCGGCUAAUCAAGCUCUGCAGUUAAAAGUGGAACAUUACACCAAAAAUUUGUCCAUAACACACGCCCGAUUCAGUGCACGUGAAGAGGCACUAGAAAAUCGUGCGGAUAUGUUACAAAAUGAAUUGGAUGGCAUUUCGCGGGAAUUUGACCGAUUAACAAGAAAUUUCUUGGAUUUUGAUACUGAAAGGCACAAACUACAAGCCACUAUUGACCGACUUAAUCGACAAUGUGAGAAGUUGGAGAAUGAAUUAGCCGACGAGCGAAUCAAAAAUCUUGGUAACGAUUCCAAAGAUUCCGUAACUGCAACAAAUUUACGUAAAGAAUUUCGAGACAUGAUGUCAAGUGUGAGAGCCGAGCACGCAAAAGCUUUACAGAGAGAGUGUGAUGAAAGGAAAAAAUUGGAUAAUACAGUGAGAUCACUUCGACGCGAAAAGGAGGCAGAGAAGUGGGAGAAGGUGAACAAAGGCACACAAACGCGAUUGGUAGUGAGCGUGAGGAGCGAUCGCAAAGCUCACCGUAAUGGUAUUAAAAAGCCAAAGACUUAUCGAUACCCUUCACUUAAAGGGGUUGAUCCAAAAUUCCUUCGUAACCAACGUUAUGCCAAAAAGGGUACAAUCGAGGCUCUAAGAAAACAACGUGAAGAAGCAAAAUAA